GCUCGGGAAAAUCCAAUCAAUUAUCGACAAAAGGGGAAAAUCGUAGGCAAAGUUAAGGGGCUUGAGAAAUGGGAAACAAGCCACGCCGCCAACCACAAAGAGCUCGAGCCGACGAGGCGGAGGCCGGGCCGGAGCGUCCCCAGCAAAAGGCACCUUCGUCAUGGCCCUUCUGGCGCUUGGUCUACUGGCUGGGAGUCCUCAUCCUGGUCUCCGGCGUCGGCGUGGGCAUGUACUUCACCCUCAAGUCGGACUUCGGCGAGUGCUCCUCCUACGACGUGCGGUGCGAUUGAGCCCCCUGGCGACACAAACUUUUACAGGGCUGAGUGAUUUUAUUACCUCUUGAACUUGAGUUAAUUAAUACCAGUCAUGACCAUUGUUCCAGAAACAAAGCAAUGUUUUCCCGCCGAAGCGAAAGCCUUGGGCGUCACCGUAUAGAUCAACGCUGGAAGAUUCUUUACAUCAUACUCCUAGUUUUAAUACUUGUAGUUUACAUUUGCCUGAUCGUUUUAUACAUUCUUUGUAGAGGAGGAGGAUCAAUAUUGGAUUAAUUUAUAAACUUACUAACACCCGAACCAAUAUCUGCGGUAAUACUUUUCUGCUCCAAUUGUGAUACUUUAAGCUUGGUAUUAUUUCACUAUCAGCAACGUGCACGUCAUAUACGGACUCUUUCAACCAGAUCUUAAUUAAAGCCAGAUAAAGCAACUCCCACGCACCCACCUCCUUUAUUGUUAACAAAUACAAAACCAAGGCCGAAGCCACACUAUCUGGUGGUACGCGUUCACAUACAUUUUGCUCACGUUGAGGAGUAUAUCUCUGAUGCUAUUCAAACUUAUUGGAGCGCUUCCUUUUGAUGGCGCUUUGGUUGACUCUUCAAUGGCGAAACAUUUUUAGUUGAAUGAAGCUAGUGAUGCAUUUAUUUUGGGCUAUAUGGAAGCCCCUAGCCGCUGUGUAUUUUGGUGUUAAUUAACAAAGUGGAGUAUAUUCAUUAAUGAUAAAAAAGGCCCACUACUUUACUGUAACCAAAUUCUAUUGCAUCAUGCUAAGAUAAAUAAAAAAUGUAUCUCCUUUGCGAA